UCUCUCUCUCUGUGGAAACGACAAUAAUACUGGAACCUCCUCUGCAAUAAAGAGAACUUUGGUUAUGGUUUUUUGAAAAUCAUUUGAGGAAAAAUAAUAAAAAUAAUAAUAAUAAUAAUAAUAAUAAUAAAAAAGAAGAAGAAUAUCAUAAAUAGUCAUGGGCUCAGCAUCACACUGUUGAGAGAAGACCCUCUAUGUCUGUGGCCUUGCAUUUACACUCUCUCUCUCUUACCUUUUAUAUUUAUAUAUAAUAUAGAAAUCCAUUGUUAGGCAUAUAUAUAUAUAUAUAUAGAGAGAGAGAGAGAGAGAGUACAACAAAGGGGAGAGAGAGAGAGAGAGAGAGAGAGAGAGAGAGUAACAUAGAUGGUGAAAGAGGCAUAUGGUUGUUCAGGAGAUAUGGUGGAAAUGAGUAUGAAGCCUGCAUGGCUUGAAGGUUUGAUGGCUGAGACAUUCUUUGGUGGUUGUGGGGUCCACGAGAAUCGCAGGAAGAACGAGAAGAACGUCUUUUGCCUGCACUGUUGCCUUAGUAUCUGCCCCCACUGCCUCCCUUCUCACAGCUCUCAUCCUCUUCUCCAGGUCAGACGAUACGUGUACCAUGAUGUUGUUAGAUUGGGUGAUCUUGAAAAGCUCAUUGACUGUUCCUAUAUACAGCCAUAUACCAUAAAUGGUGCCAAAGUGAUAUUUUUGAAUCAAAGGCCACAGUCCAGGACUUGCAAGGGCUCUGCCAAUAUUUGCUUCACUUGUGAUAGGAUUCUCCAAGAGCCAUUUCAUUUCUGUUCUCUUGCAUGCAAGGUUGAUCACUUGGUAUAUCAACGGGAAGAUUUAGCUGUCAUUCUCUAUCGAUUCAACGAAUCAGAUUUCACAAUUUCCCAAUUUGAGGGUUUACGGAUGGAUGGUUCCGAGGUCAUCGAUGAUGACAGCCAAAUCACUCAUAGCUCCAUCUUGGAAGAUCCAUUGGCGCAAUACAAUGCUUCAUCAUGCUCUAAUGAUGCCUCCAGCAACUCAGUGAUUUCAAGGGAACCAGACAUCAUCAAGAAAAAAAAGAAAGGUAGUGGCUUCCUUCCUGGAAUUGUCCUUUCUCUUAGCAGCAGGAGAAAGGGUGCUCCCCAUAGAGCUCCUCUUUCUUAGACCAAAAUUAAAUUGAUAAAACAAAAUGAGUAUGGUUCAUAUAAAUCUAUCUAUAUGUAUUCUUCUUAGGUAUCAGUAACUUAGUCAUGGCCAAUUCCAGUAUAAAUCCCAUGUAACGCGUUGUGGCAUGAUUGCUGUUUGUAUCGAGUGUCAUUUUGGGUUUUCAAAUUUUCUUUUUUUCUUUGUUUUGGCCUUCACUUGUUUUAUUGAUAGGAUUUUUAUGGAGCUUCAAAAAAAAAAAAAAAAAGGAUUUUUAUGGAGCAUUUUCAUUACUUAGGUGGAUGUAAAGAGAACGAAUUUGAAACGGGUCAAACUCCACCAAUUUUGCAUUUGAUGUAAUGGAAAGUGCAGUAUAUAUGUCAUUUUUUACUUCAAUUGGAAUUGGAAGGAACAAAAUGCAAUUUUCCUUGCGUA